AUGCCGUCAGCAGUUGCCAGGGAAACGCCGGGGUUGGGGUGGGCAGCAGGGCCCUGUGCCCUGCCUGGCUCGGUGGGGACACACAGCCUCACCCCUCCGCCCCCUCCAGAUUCCUUCUGGACCCGCAACUCCUUUGAGACAGACUCAGACCUGCCUGCAGGAUGGAUGCGGGUGCAGGACACCUCGGGCACCUAUUAUUGGCACAUCCCCACUGGCACCACGCAGUGGGAGCCACCAGCAGGGCUGGCGCGUGGCUCAGGGGGCAGCACCCCCUGCGAGGAGCAGUCGCUCGCCUGGACUGGCUUUGCCCCAGUUGAGCGCUUUGAUGACAGCGACUUCUGGAAGGACCCCACAGCUGAGGAGGAGGUGGACGGUGAGCCUGGAACACAGGAUGUGGAGCCACCGGCACCGGACCCGGCCUCGCUGGGCGGCAGCAUGACUCUGGCCGAAGAGGACGAGCCUGGCUCU